AACAUCUUCUUUGUUCGUGUCCUUUUCCCCUAUUUACUUGCUUCAUAUAAUCCCAAAUGGCUGCCUUUAGAAAGAUGCUUCCUUUAAUUGUGGUAAUUAUGGCAUUAUUAGCCAUCAACUCAGAUAAAGCUUGUGCUGGAGACCCAGAUAUGCUCCAGGAUAUUUGUGUUGCUGACCUUAACUCAACCACGAAGGUGAACGGAUUUACAUGCAAGAACACGUUCUCGGCGGCUGAUUUCUCGUCAAUGGUCAUUUCAAAACCAGGAGCCAUCACCAACAUGUUUGGCUCCUUAGUCACUGGAGCAAACGUUCAGGGUAUCCCUGGCCUUAACACACUUGGUGUGUCAAUGGCUCGUAUCGACUUCGCUCGCGGUGGCAUUAACCCACCCCACACCCACCCACGAGCCACCGAGAUGAUUUAUGUCUUAUAUGGUACAUUGGAUGUUGGCUUCAUUACCACAGCCAAUGUCUUGGUCUCUAAGCGCAUUGUACAAGGAGAAGUCUUUGUUUUUCCUAGAGGACUUGUUCAUUUCCAAAAGAAUAAUGGUAAAGUUCCUGCAGCUGUUAUUGCUGGCUUUAAUAGCCAGUUACCUGGUACACAGUCUCUUGCGACAACGUUGUUUGCAGCUUCACCAGCUGUUCCUGAUGAUGUCUUGGGUCAAGCAUUCCAGAUUAAAACUCCACAAGUUCAGUUUAUUAAGUCAAAAUUUGCCCCCAAGUAAUAGAAUUGUUUUCUCUCAACAAUAAUUUGGGUGUGUUGACAUAUGUUGUUCUGUUAUGUACGUUACUAAAUGCGUGAUGUUUUUUGUAAUCUCAAUAAGAUUUUUUUCUCUCUAGUGUUUUCUCCUAAUGUAACAAUA